AAGUUAACGGAGUUGGAUGAAGAGUGACCAAACUUGAACUAUUUUACUACUUUUAGUGACUACGAUUGGAAUUAAGUAUUUCUAGUGACCAAAUGUGAACAUUUUUAACAAUCUCAGUGACCAACCUUGCACUUAACCCGAACCCCUUUUCAUAACUUCAUUUUUAUUAUUAGUUAUAGUUUCUUCACUAUUGACUAAAACAUUCACCAUGUCAUCACUUUAAAUUACAAAAUGAUUUUUCAGUGUUAAUUAAUUUUUACAUAACCUUCUGAUCAAAUGUAAUACAACUACACAUAAGUAGCAUUGUUUUGAACUGCACAUAAGUAUGCUCUUUGUCAUCUAGAAAUAGAAUUUGCUUGUACACAGCUACACUAAGUAGCAAUGUUUUGAACUGCUAGAAAUUCCAGCUUAAAAAGGUUAAUCAUAGCUAGACAACACCAAUAGAGAUGAUUUCAGCAGUUUUGGCACACUCUACUCUUGUUUCCGAGCUCUUUUAAUUGCAACUCUACUCUUCUUUCUGAACUCUGUACUCCCUUCUCUGUUCCCAGUUCAAACUCAGAUUCUUCUCCACCUGUAAUCAUGGCCGAUACGAGACCUCAUCAUCAUGUGUUGCUUUUCCCAUUCAUGUCGAAAGGCCACACCAUCCCAAUCCUUCACCUAUCUCACCUCCUCCUCCGCCGUCAACUCUCCGUCACCGUCGUCACCACUCCGUCGAACCUCCCCUUCAUCGCUCAAUCUCUCCCCAACACCACCGCAUCGAUCCUCCAAAUCCCGUUCCCUUCCAAAUUGGAAGGAAUCCCAACUGGGACUGAGAGCACUGAUAAGCUCCCAUCGAUGUCCCUCUUCCCCCAAUUCGCCCUGGCCACAAAGCUAAUGCAGCCAGACUUCGAGCGCCUGGUUGACAAUCUCCCCCAGCCAGUUGACUUCAUGGUUUCGGAUUCCUUCCUAUGGUGGAGUUUGGAGUCAGCGAACAAGUAUGGAUUCCCGAGGUUAGUGUUCAGUGGUAUGUGUAACUACGCCGUAUGUAUGUUCAGAACUGUGAACCAGAGUGGGGUUCUUUUGGGGAAUGAAUCGGAUGAUGAAUUGAUCACUGUUCCUCGGUUUCCAUGGAUUAAGUUGACCAGAAACGACUUCGAAAGGCAUGCUGGGGAUUCGGAGCUUGUAGUCAAGUCGAUAACGGCAUCCAAAGCCAGUUAUGGGUAUGUUAUCAACAGCUUCUAUGAGCUUGAACCGGUCUUUGUGGAUUCCUUUAACAACGUCAUCACCAAUGGACCUAAGGCUUGGUGUGUUGGUCCACUCUGCCUAGCCAAGCCACCAACACCGGUUAUGCAAGCAAUUCGUCAGAAACCCAGUUGGAUUCAGUGGCUGGAUGAGAAGUAUGAGCAGAAAAGAUCAGUUCUUUUCGUUGCAUUUGGUUCACAAGCUAGGGUUUCAGCUGAGCAGCUGAAGGAGAUAUCACUUGGGCUAGAGAAGUCCAAUGUGAGCUUCCUUUGGGUUACAAAGGAGAAAGAAUCAGAAUUGGGAGAUGGGUUUGAAGAGAGGAAUCGUGGUAGGGGGUUUGUGGUGAGAGAGUGGGUGGAUCAAAUGGAGAUACUGAACCAUCCUAGUGUGGGAGGGUUUCUAAGCCACUGCGGGUGGAAUUCGGUGCUGGAGAGUGUGUCAGCAGGAGUUCCCAUUCUAGCAUGGCCAAUGAUGGCCGAGCAGCAUCUGAAUGCGAGAAUGGUGGUGGAAGAGCUGAAAAUUGGAGUAAGGGUGGAGUCAAGCAAUGGGUCGGUGAGAGGGUUUGUGAAAUGGGAAGGGUUGGAGAAGAAUGUGAGGGAGUUGAUGGAAGGGGAAAGAGGGGAAGAAGUGAAGAUGAAGGUCAAGGAGUUUAGCAGGAAGGCAAGGGAAGCUAUGGAGGUAGAGAGAGGAUCGUCCUGGCGCACACUAGACUUGCUCAUCAAAGAAAUAUGCAGCAAAGAGACAUAGAGGUGAAGAUUCUUAUUACUCGUAUACAUGCUAUGGUCAUAUAUUCUCAUCUGGCAACCAGAGUAAUAUGUCAAUGGUACAUUGUACUGGACACUGAUAAUUCUUGUGUAGCUUCUUCACUGUAAUGAGCUGGGUUGCAUUGGUUUCUCCCUAAUUAUCUGUCUCUGAGUGUGAUGGCCAUGGCCCAUUGUUGACUUGUUGUUGUCCAGAGGAAUAAUCGAUCGGCAUAUAC